CCGACAGUUGACAUGAGUAACUCACAAUCCGAAAUCGAGUACGAUGUCUUCCAAGGUCAUUUGGGUCACUUAACUUCUUCUCAAGAACGGAGUCUGCUCGACUUCAAACAAGCUUUGGAACAGGAUGGUCUGUAUUCCUCUUCCAGCCAUGACGAUCCAACCCUUCUUCGAUUUCUACGAGCUAGGCGGUUCGAUGUCAAACUAGCUCAGAAACAGUUCUCGGAUACGCAGCGAUGGAGGAAGGAACACAACGUAGACGCCCUUUUUGCAGACUUUCCUUCCGAUGAAUUUGAGGAUUCAAAGAGGUUUUAUCCAAGAUGGACUGGAAGGAGGGAUAAGGACGGACAUCCGGUAUAUGUCUAUCGUUUAGCUUCCAUUGCUUCUCUGCAACAAGAACUCCACUCAGUAGCUCCCGCCCGUCGCUACCAGAGAAUCGUGGUUCUCUACGAAGUCAUGACCCAGUUCGUCCUUCCUUUGUGCACCGCACUUCCUCACAAAACAUCAACGCCAAUAUCUUCCGCAACCACCAUCAUUGACCUCGAAAAAGUUUCUUUUGGUGCCAUGUGGGGUCUUCGGAAUCAUCUUCAAGAGGCCUCCAAACUUGCCACCGCAAAUUACCCAGAGACUUUACACACCAUUGCCGUCGUCAAUUCUCCCUCAUUUUUCCCCACCAUUUGGCGCUGGAUCUCGGCUUGGUUCGACGAGGGCACGGGGAGGAAGAUACAUGUACUCGGCACAGACCCUGGUCCAGUUCUCCGCAGCUUAAUCGAUCCCGCCGACCUCCCAGUAGUCUAUGGAGGUGUCCUCGAUUGGCAGUUCGAAAACGAGCCAAAUAUGGAUGAUCCAGCGAAGCAAGUUAUUCAGUCCAUGCCUAGAGGACCGGCAAUGUUCCUGGACGGCAACGUUCACUCGACUCACAAGCCCAUUGUACCAUAG